AUGAUUCUUGCUACAUGGACUACCUGGAUGUGGCAAAACAUUGUUGUCUCAAGAGGUAGCAGGGGUAUAUAAUUUAUUUUAACUGCUAAAUUAUUAUUAAACUUUCUGAAAUUAUUAUUAUAAAACUAUUUGUUAAGAGUUGAAAAUACCUUUAAUAAGCAUAGUUGCAUCACAACUUAUGGUUGGUAUAAGUAGAAAAUCAGAAUAACGGGUAAGAAAACUAUUUAAAACUACUGUUAAGUCUGUACUCUAUAUACUUUUCAUUGAUGAAAUAGAUUCCAUUUCCUCAAUUAGCUAGCUAGCAAUUAGUAGCUCAAUUAUUAUCUUCAUUAGACAGCAUUAUUUCAGGCUUAAAAGAUGACAACAAAGUAAUUGUGAUUGGCGCUACAAACCGUCCCAACAGUUUGGAUCAAGUAUUGAGACGGGCUGUUUGGUUUGAUCCUGAAGUUUGUCUUGGUAUACCUGAGAGACAAUUCUGUCUUCCAAUCCAAUGUUGGAUGUUAUAUGUAAAAAUCUAUGAAUCAAUCCAUCAGUCAGUUUAGAUAAAUUAAGUGAAUUAAAAGUUAUGUUGGUGCAGAUUUAAAAUCACUUACUUAGAAAGCUGCUACAAUAGCAGCCAAUAGGUAGAUGUUUAUAGUUAUUAUGUAUUAAAGAUAUGGUUAAAUAAUAGUUAUACUUAAAAAAAAUAAAACACCACUUUUACACCAAGAAUAGUAAUAGACUUAGUAAUCAUCUAUUAUAUAUAUAUUUUGUUAUUUAAUAUAACAUAUCUGAAAACCCUAACAAUAAACUUUCAAAAUAAUAAAACUAAAAUCACAUGCUUUUUAUCACACAAGAUUUUAAAAUAUAAUUACACAUUACACAUGACAAAAAUGACAAACAAAUUUAUAAAAUUAUAACACCAAGAUAUAUAUGAUUGUUAUGAGCCAUAGGUUAGAGCUCUGAUUUCGUACAUUAUAGUAAAUAUAACAAUAUUUUAACAAAAUUUCUCUGAGAAACAAUGUAAAAACAUUUUUUCAACAGUAAAAUUGAUUUAUCAAUAAUAAAUAAACAUUAUAUGCAUGUUAUACGCAUUUAUGAACUAAUAUGCAAUAAUCUUCCGGACAUACAAAAUAUGUAUAGUCAAAUUUAGUGUGAAUGAAUCGUAGACAAUUCAAACCCCCAUUGAUGUGCAUACACUAUGUACAAACAUGUAAAUUCAUAUAAUUUUGGGGUCUAGUUAUAACUAAAAAAUGUAUUGCCAUAAUUUAAAAAAUUAACUCCAAAAACUAUAUCAAAACAAUUAAAGAUACAAUUGAUGAAUUAAAUUAGUUAUGUUUCAAGUUUUAAAAAAAUAAUUAAAUUAAGACAACAUUGUACAUAUUAUAUUUUAAUAUAUUUAGGAAACAUUCUUUUGUUAAAUAAAUAAAUAAAUAAUUUAAACUUUUGAUAAUUUUAUAAAAUUUGUAUUUUUUUUUUUUUUUCUGAGGUUAGGUUAUUAAUUAGUUGAAAUAAUGGUUAAACACAAAUGUCUGAAUUUAGAAAUUAAAUAUUAUGGUGUUAACAAAGUGUAUGAGAAUAAUAAUAAUGCUAAAUCUAUUUUAAAAUAAUAUACCAAUAAAUAUUUAAUAAGUAAAUUUAAAUAAUGCGAAUGUUGUGUUUAUUAUUAUUAUAAUUGUAAACUGAAUUAUUACUCUUAAAUCAAAAAAAAAUAUAGAUUAUUGUAUAUUUAGAGGUUUGAAGUCCAUUAUAACUGUUUUUAAAUGUUUUUAAUUGUUUAUUCAGUUAUGUUUCAUUAAAAUAAAUGUGUAUGUGUUUUAAUAGAAUAAUUGAAUCUAUCAAAAAAAGAUUACAUAGCCAAUUAUCUGAUUUUAUUCCUGACCCAUACUCAACAAUUGAAAGAAAUACAGUUAAAGAUUCCUUGAAUUUGUUACUUGCGGAUAAUAUUAUGGCAAAAGAAGACUUGAGUGAAAUCUAUAUUAAACUCAGCGAUUUCAAUGAAGCUUUAAAAAAAGUUGUCCCUUCAUCCAAAAAAGAAGGAUUUGUUACAGUAGCUAAAGCUGUAGCAAAUAAAUCUGGUAUUAAUUUUAUCUCUAUAAAAGGUUCAGAGUUAUUGAAUAUGGAAAAUAUAUUUUUUUUUUUUUUUGGAUCAGGUUCAUUAUGAAUUUCUGAGAUUGGAAUAAGUGGCUUCAAUAAACUGAUUUCACAUAAGAGAUCAAAAAAAAAAAAAAUUAAAUUAUUUUUAACAAGUGUUUGAUUCCUGUAAUUUAUUGUUAUAAUUUAUAAAAUUCUUACCUUUGGCUGGUGAUUAUUUAAUUGCUUUAUAAUUGUUUAUAUUUGUUGAUACUUUUGUUUUUUGUUAUUUGUUUGUAGUUUAUAUUUGUUGUACUUUAAACAAAUUAUUGUAUUCGUUUAAUAGAGAUUGCACUAGAGAAAAUUUUUUUUUUAUUCCUUUUUUUGUUGAUGGUUAGAUGCUUUUUAAAUCCGAUAACAUUAUAUAGAGAACUUUUUCGAAGUUGUUUUUAGCAUUUGUAUUACUGUUUGGUAUAUAAGGUCUUUCGCGAAAGGAUUUUUUAUUUCAUUUCUAGUUUAACCGCAUCACCAACCCUUUCUCCCCGCUGACACCUAACACAACAUUUAAUAAAACGUUUCGCUUCGCCUGAGUCGUGUGUAUCGUAGGGUUUACGAUUCCACGUGUACUUAAAUACACGGUGAUAAACAAUUUUGUCACCUUAAUUUUUGAGGGUGAAAUGACUACCUUCCAUAUAGCAAAACAUUGUUUUUCUGAUAUCAAAAAAAUAUUUUAUUUUUAAUGAUACCUUUCAUUAUAUUAUUGUUACAUUAAAAAUGUUAUUUUAUUGUUUUUAUAAUGUUAUUUGGCCAACAGUUUGAGAUUAUAUAAAUAUCAAGAGUAAAAUGAUAAUUUAUCAUUAUUUUAAUUUACAAAUAGAAAUAUGAGAAAUAAAAAUAAAAAAACGGAGUUUCAUUUCUUUUGCCGCCAGGUAUUGGCCCUGAGACCCUGCCUAAAUUAACCUAAUUCACCUAACGCCUUAUCCUCUGGAACCAACCGUUUAUAAAAGCCGCCCUGUUAUAUUUUUUCAAAAAUGAAUCUAUAUUCUCAGAUGUAGCCCCUGAGAAGUGUUGUGUGAGCAUAACAUUACAAUAAUCUAUAAAAUGUAUAGAUAAAUAGCUGGAUCUUUUACCCGGUGCAUACUUGUGUUAUUUUAUCGCGCGAUAACGCUGCGGCUUUAAGUACCAUUCAUAUCUUCUCCAAAUAUAAAAUAGUACGGUUUACUAGAAAAUUAUUGACCCAUAGUUUGAAGGCCACUGUACAAGACUACAUACCUAAUUGUUGAGAAUGAAUUGAUUUUAUGACUACAUAAAUUAUAUUCAUACGAGGUGUGGCUAUUAAAUAACGAGACUUCUCGUCUAGAUGGGUAGUGAAAAAAACGAGCAAUGCGUUGGGUAUCUAGAUAUCUUAUCUAUGCACGUACAAAAACACGUUUUCGUCACUAUUAUAGUAUUUGUGCAGUAGUAGUUUGAAACGAACGUGUUUUUUUCUCGUGCCGAAAACCAUGUGUGACGAAAAACAUGAGCAACGGAUUAACGUAAAAUUUUCUCGUUAAACUGAAAAAAACUCCAACUGAGUGCUAUAAGUUGUUAAAAGAGGCCUAUAGUGAGAAUUUCCUAUGUCGGGCGCGUGUUUUUGAGUGGUAUAAAUUAUUUUCUGAAGGUUGAGAGUGCACCGGAAUCCAAUUCAGUCGUAAUCAGAAUUCAAAACCGUUUUCUUCGAUAUCAACGGCAUCGUGAUGACUGAAUGGGUUCCAGAGGGUCAAACUGUGAACUAACAUUAUUAUUUGACAGUUUUGGCAACAUUGCGCAUAUGAGUUCGUAAGAAACGGUCGAUAUUGUGGAAAAACAAGUCGUGGAUCUUGCACCAGGAUAAAGCAUGAAGCGUUAUUUGGCCCUUUAAGGCACUCCAGUACUCGAACACGCGUCUUACUCACCCGACUUGGCACCCUGCAACUUUUACUUGUUUCCGAAGAUAAAGUCUGCCUUAAAAGGAAUCCGGUUUGAGUCGAUGGAAGAGGUGAAACAAAAAUCGGCGGAACUCCUAAAUGAUCUUACGAAAUCAGACUUUCAGCACUGCCUCGAGCAAUGGAAGAAACGAAUGAAACGGUGUUUGGCGAGGGGAGGGGAGUAUUUGAAUAUAGAAUAUAGAAUAACUUUUAUAGUAAAACACUUUCGUAACCAGUCUCGUUAUUUAAUAGCCACACCUCGUAUUAUACCGAAUUACAGCAAAGACCAA